AUGUGGGGCAGGAGCAGGCAUCCGGGCAGGCGGAAGCAGCUCUGGUGCCGUCGAGUCCUUAUAAGGGCAAUGUGGUGGCUCUGGCGCUUCCUGUUCCCCCCCUCACCCCCCCGGCUGACUCACGGAUGGGGGGAAGGGCCCGCAGCUGACCCAUGGCAGGAACUGGGGUACCCGGGCUUGGGCCGUGGGGUGGACAGAGUGUCAUGGCCCCUGUCCCCCUCACCCAGCCUGGAGGGUCCAGGUGCUGCGGCCUCCUCCGUGCCUUUGCCCCUGCUUGCCCCCCAGCAGACCCAGACUGCCUCUACUUCCCCCCAGUGCACCCAAAGUGCCUCCCGGUGCCCCGCACUGCACCCAAGGCGCCUUCCAGUGACCCCAAAGCGCCUCCUACCGGGGGCUCCCCUCAGGCCCCCCAAAAUGGCGGCAUAUCGCGAGAGGGGGCGGAGCUACUUCGCACCCGCCUUCGCCCCAACCAAUCCUCUUGCCCACCGAAUCGCUUCUGAGUCCCUCAAAUGCUCCCCAAGCCCCCUUCAGACCCCCUCAACCUCCCUAAUCCCCAAAGCUUCUUCAGACUUCGUCAGCCCAGGUUUACUGCAAGAGGGCGGAUGUGGGGGGCUGUGGAGAGGGGUGAUGGGGGCUACUGUCUUUGUGCAGCCCCUGGACCUGGUGAAGAACCGGAUGCAGCUGAGCGGGGCCGGGGCCAAGGGCCGUGAGUACCGGACGUCCCUGCACGCCCUGGGCUCCAUCCUACGCCACGAGGGACUGAGGGGCAUCUACACGGGGUACGGGCCCCCCAGAACCCCCCCUGCAACCACCCUGCACCUCCAAAUCCUUGGGUCAUCUCUUGAAACCCCCUGGGACCCCCCUCUAAACCUCAGCUCCCUGCAUGUCCUGGGGUCAGUCCCUCCCUCAGGAGCCCGCGCCGUGGUGGUCAACGCUGCCCAGCUCGCCUCGUACUCGCAGUCCAAACAAUUCCUGCUGGACUCCGGGCAUUUCCGUGACGACAUCCUGUGCCACUUCUGCGCCAGCAUGAUCAGCGGGCUGGUGACCACGGCGGCCUCCAUGCCUGUCGACAUCGUCAAGACCCGCAUCCAGAACAUGAGGACAAUAGAUGGGAAACCCGAGUACCGCAAUGGGCUGGACGUGCUGAUCAAGGUGGUGCGCUACGAGGGCUUCUUCAGCCUCUGGAAGGGCUUCACCCCCUACUACGCCCGCCUGGGCCCCCACACCGUGCUCACCUUCAUCUUCCUCGAGCAGAUGAACAAGUGGUACCAGCGGCUCUUCCUCAGUGCCUGACGCCCCCCGGGGGGGUCGGGGGGAUCUGACCCCAUCCCGUGGGCUCUCUAGGGGCACUUUACCCCCCCGUGAGGCGCUUUUGGGGGGGGUCUGGCUUCUCCCUCGCGUGCUGUGAGGGUACCUGACCUCCCCACCCCACCAGGGCCUGGGGGGAGGUGGCUCUAUAGGAGCCAUCAAGGCUAUCAGUGGUCCUGGGCCCUACAGAGGUGCACGACCCACCCUUUGGGGCUGCAGGGAUCCCUGGGGCCCUAUGGAGGGGUCCUGGGCCCUAUAGGGGUGUGGAUCCCUCCCAUGGGGACAGCAGGGGAUGCCUUGUCCCUGUUGGGCAGCCCUAUAGAGACUAUAGGGUGCCCUCCCCAUGUGCCCCCUUCCCACCCCUCUGGGGAGUUUUGUUACCAGCCAGUAUCAAGGUCACAGUGUGGGGCAGGCGCCCCCCAAAAUUCCCCCUCCUCCCCC